AUGGAGAGCCCCGAGUUUGCGGCUGGCAUGCGGAGUCAGAGUGCCAACGGCGGCGGCUCUAUCAAGCGCAAACGCAGCACUUUUGACAGCAGCCCGGCGAGCCUCAUUGACCAUGACCACGACCAUGAUCAAGACAUGGACCACGACGACAGGGCAGAUGCGUCGCCGGACACCAAGAGCCGUCGCCUGCCCGGCGUGAAGCGCGCCUGCAAUGAAUGCCGCCAGCAAAAGCUGCGAUGUGAUGUAGUUCAAGAUCCCUUCCAGAGCUGUUCUCGGUGUAAUCGACUCAAGCUUGAGUGCAAAAUCGAGUCUAAUUUCAAACGCAUCGGCAAGCGUAGCAAGCAUGCCGAGAUGGAGAAGGAAAUCGAGAGGCUUCGCCGUGCCAUCCAGAUGGCCAAGGCCCAGGGGUUUACUCUUGACGAGGAUGACGAAACGGUGCAUUCUGCGAUGCAAUCGCAGAUCCAGUCACCCGUCGUCGCGAGCCACUACACCCAUACUCGCAACCCGUCGCUGAUGGGAUCCGACGAGGCUGUGUCCUCGCUGUUACACCUCAAGCGUGGUGGCUCCUACGCUCUACCACGUAUUGCCCGCGAACUCGAGGACUUCAGGCUUACCGAGGACGAAGAGAGCCAGUUGUUCAGUCAAUUCUUCAACUAUUACCAUCCGUUCCUGCCCUUCCUGAAUCCCGUUCAGACGCCAGACCAAUACUACCAACAACAUCCAUUGCUUUACUGGGCCAUCAUAGCCGUUGCCAGCAGACGCUUUGGUCCCGAUCCCAGCAUCCUGACCAAGCUCUCGAGUCCUUUGACGAGGUUGCUCUGGGCCACGAUCGGAGAUGUCCCGCAAAGCUACUUCGUCGUCAAGGCACUCUGUCUUCUUUGCACCUGGCCCCUUCCGACGAGCACAACAUCGUCCGAUCCCACACACAUCCUCUGCGGAGUCAUGAUGAAGACGGCCACCGGCAUUGGACUACACCGGCCGAACCACAUCAAUGACUUCUCGCGAGUCGCCGUGGAGCUCAACAAGGAAGGACUGCAUGACCGUAUCAAGACGUGGGCGGUUUGUAACAUCGUCGCGCAGACCAUCGGAACCGGGUACGGUCAGCCAGCUUCCACUUUGUAUGACUGGACUUUGGCGAUUCGGCCCGGCGUCGAGGGGCCGUACUCGCUUGGUCCAGAGCUGGAAGCGAGGCUGCAAAUAGAGAGGUUCUGUGACAAGGUUUCGAAGGAAAUGUACAGCAACGCCAGUGAUCCACGAGGCGUUGCCGGCGACGAGCACCGAGCCAUGUUGAUGCGAGUCUACCGCCGCGAAUUCAACGAACUUCAAGCUUCCGUCCUGGCGCAGAACUUGUCGCCAGUCGUAUACCUCCACCUGAAGGCUGCGUGCCUGCAUCUGCGCCUUGCCGGCUUCUUUGACUCGAGCCGCACACCGGGAUAUCUCGACGAUUUGAUGGCCCUCUGGCGUGCGACCACGGGCUAUCUUGAUUUUAUCCUGGAUGGGCCUGAGACGUGCCAUGAAUCAUAUCAAUACCAAUUACGGGACCAUUAUCUCUUGAAAUACGCCACGAACUACAUACAACAGAUGCUGGUCGCCGCGGGCUUUGCGUUGCUCAAGCUCAUGCGGUCAUUCUUUGUGAAGCAGGUCGACUUCGAACGUGGGCGAACGCUUUUCCACAGGACCAUCCAGGCCAUCAGGACCACCAGUGUGGUGCAAAACGACCUGAACUGGCGGUUGGCAGAGCUGAUGGUCCAGGUUUGGAACGGGGCCAGAAUCGAGGGGAAAUCGCCCUCGUUUCAGGGCGAUGACCCGGAGAUCGAUGAUAGCCUGCAGUUGAAAGUCCGGUGUCGACACAGCAUGAGCCUCGUGUUCGAUUUGAUCUGGCACUGGAGAGAAGAGUACCAAGCCAGAGGGCGAGGCACACUUGACACUCUGAAGCAACCCACGAAUCCCGAUUCGGCUAAUGAGUCUUCAGCCUCGUCAACUCAUCUGGACAGCACUCUGGCGCCUCCCUCUCACGGUCUCCCUUCUACUCUCGGCCUACCGACGUCCAACGGCGCGUUAACACCUAGUGGAGGUUCAGCGAUAGGGGGUGGCACACAAAGCUCCCUCCUGCCGAUGAACUACGACAGCAACUACGAUUUCUGGGACCCUCAGCACUGGAUGUUGGACGGACUGCUCGAUUUCAAUUACACCUUCGUCCCUAUUGAGAGCACCUGA